CCAGUUAACAGCGCGAAUGGCGCGAUUCAGAUUUAUUGUUUAAUUCAUUUUCGUUUUUUUAAUUUAGUAAAUACAUAUAAAUGGAAAGUAUACAUAAAAAUGCCGACUGGAUUACCAAAUUUAUAGCAAACACGUACACAUCGAAUUUUGUUUAAUUAUUUUGAUUCUGUUUAAAAGAACUAUCCACCGUUAUCGAGCUCAUAAGUGAAUGAAAUGGAAGCUAAAACUUUCGUACUAUUUUUCGGAGUGAGUUAUCUUUUCUGUUGCAUUGGUGCCUUGGCGGAGAUACCGAAUUGUGCCUUUGAAGAUACCGUUAACUUAACCUCCAGCAAAAAAUUCAGCAAUGGCUCUUACCUCUAUGAGGGCGUAUUGGUGCCUCCUGCAUUGACCGGCCACUACGAUUAUAUUGAGCUGUAUGGAGGAGAACGCCAACAGGUGACGAAACAUAUUCGGGGUUGUGUGUGUCAUCUCAAGCAAUGCGUCAAAUUUUGCUGUCAUCCAAUGGCGGAAUUGUAUCGAACCAGCGCGAACUCCGACGCCCAAUGUGAUGAGAAACUAAGUGAGGAGCUGACCUACUCGCCGUAUGUAAAUGUGACUUUGGGUAACAGCAGUCAGGUCUUGAUGCAUGUCUUAGACGAAUUUGUUGUGCAGCAAGGGAUUCCAUGCGGCGGAGGGUACAUGCUGAUGCCGCAUCAAUUCGAAGAAGACCAAUGGGAAUUGUUUGAGAAUGGCACACUACUGCGUUUAGCCGAUGAGAUGGCCUUCACGAGACGCGAUUAUUGCCUGCAAGCAUAUGAAGCGGACGGAAAAUAUGUCCUGAAUCCAAUGAACUGUCCAGUUACCUAUGAUGAGCCUUCAACCCUCAUGCUGAACACAAUCGUGAUGAUGAUAUCGGCGCCUUUUUUGUAUGCCACCAUCCUGAUCUACUCGCUUAUCCCAGAACUAUGGAACUUACACACCAAAUGCUUAAUUUGCUAUCUCUCGUCGCUGGCUAUUGGUACUACGAUGAUAGUAAUGAUCAACAUAUUGGAUUCCGACUACGUGAAUGUUAUUUGCGCUACUAUAGGGUUUGUGACGUACUAUUUCCUAUCGGCCGCCUUUUUCUGGCUGAACGUUAUCUGUUUCGAUCUUUGGCACAACUUCCGCGGCACUAAGGGCAACAUUCAGAAUCUGACUCAGCGAAAACGUUUUCUCUACUACGCACUCUAUGCUUGGGGCGUGCCAGCGCUUAUGACUAUUCUAACAAUCGCUCUGCAGUACUCGGACCUGCCAAAUAAACUGAAGUCCGGCAUAGGGCAUUCACACUGUUGGUUGAAAGUGGACGAUUGGUCCGCCAUGAUUUAUUUUCACGGACCCUGCCUAUUGUUAAUUAUUUUCAAUAUUACGAUUUUCUUCGUAACCGCCAAGAAGAUCUACAGUAUACGAAAAGAACUGCACAAAUUCGCUCAGGGCGAAGAGAGCAGACGCCAUCUGCGCUCGCAACAAAACGAAAUCAAUUUGAUGAAUUAUUUCAGUGUCUGGCUGUUCUUCCGGAUGUUCAUUGUAAUGGGCAUCGGCUGGUUGUUAGAGGUAAUCGGCUACAUAGUUGGCGAUAGGAGUCAUUACGCCAUUAUAUUCGCACUCGCAGACAUAUACAAUGCCUCGCAGGGAUUGAUUAUAUUUGUGCUAUUGGUUAUGAAGAAGAAGGUGUUGCUGCUCAUAAAGAGAAGAAUUUUGUGCAUUGAGGGGCCUGAACCCACAGACUCAACCGAAUCGCAGUGCUCUGAAGAAGAGAUCGCGUUACAAAAUAUUACAAAUGGAAUUCCGCCGAUUUUGAAGUGAUUGAAUAGCGAAUGUUGAAUCUCGAUGGAAACUGCAGAACUGAGGAAUAAAAAGUUUUAAACGCGUCAAACAAAAUUAUACAAAUGCUUAAGUUUCAAGAAACCUCUAUUAUAUCUGAACCUGAAAAGCGUUUUAUGUAAUAAGAACAUGGCCGUUAUUUUACUUUAUAUAUGCUGUCCAUGACGAGAAAUAAGGCGCAUUUGCUGGAAGAACGUCAUAAGCCAAAAUCCAUACUUUUUUCAUAUACCAUAAAAUAAGAGCUGUGACACUUUGUUCCUCCCUGGAACCAUAGGAUGUAGUAAUAAUAAUAAUCGAAUAAGAGCUGGUAGUAAUUUCUCCCCAUCUUUUUUUAAUUAUAAUACCCUUCCAGCAAAUGAGCGCUGUUAGCUUAACAAAGAUAAAAUGGGCACUUAAAAAAAUGUCAGUCCGGACAGAUAUAAAAUCGUGCCACUAUUAAGAGAAGUAAAUUCAAUGAAUAAUUCCCAUAAAUAUUUUUUUAAAAGAAAUCGAAUGCAUAUAAAUAACCCUGCAGAAAAAUCUACUAAUUCGAAAUUUGUAUAGUUCUAGUGAAUUUAGUACCACGGCUAGUUCACGGUUCUUCUCUUUCGCACAUAAUAAGCUGGCGUAUCCUAAUCAAAUAUACCCUCGUUUCAUGUAUUUUUCCAACUGGAGUAGUGCGGAAGUAGUACUAAAUUUAACAAAUGAGUGGUAAAUUCUGCAAGUUAUAUUUAGCAUCACAAAACAAAAUAAAUAAAACAGUGAUCUAGCUAACACUGGUGUCGUUGGCUCAACGGUCGAUAAAGUAAAGCUUGGGCUUUGUAUCUGUUAGAAAAAUCUUGAGUACGUCCUUAUAAACUUAUAUUAUAUGGUUCUCGGCGCUACAUCUAAUAUUCAAAUACGGCAUUCAACUGUCACUCCCUCUUUUUGAAGAAGAAGCUCAAGGAGGAUAGAAUACAAGCUUGCGAGUCCAGAGUCCAUGAAGAGUUUGUGAAGAGGAAGAGUAGGCGAAAGCAAUGGACGACACAAGAAAUUAUUCGAGUCUUUAUAUUCAUUUGUGUUUUCACGACUUAACACACGGCUCUUCGUUUCCAUUAGUUUGUUUAGUUUAAAUAUCAAAAAUUACAAUAUUACCAAGCCAUUCAUAUAAUUUUUCCUCCUUUUGUUUGUUUUGUUCCAAAUUUUUGAAUUGACGUUAGACCUGCCAACAUCGCGAAAAAUAAAGUAGCUGCUUUGGGAAGACGCCACCAGUACUCAAUUCGCCUUGGGAGAAGCUUGGCCAAUCAUCUAUCAAAGAAUGUAAAUAGGCGACUCGCUUCCUUGGCAUCGGUCACCGGCAAAGGACUGAAAAUACUACUUCAGUUCACCAAGGGACAGCAAUAUCUUUACUUCCCGUUAAGAAUGACCUUAUAGGUAUGUUGCUGGUAACACUAUGGAUGCAUUUGCUCAAUGAGAAGAUAUUACUUGGGUUAUUUUUAUUUUUACAAAAUUUGUCUCGAAUAGUUUCAUGACUUAAAGGAUAACAUUUUUCAUUUAAUAAAAGUGUUCGCGCAGAUUUAUUACAUUCUAAAAAGCUCAUCUUUUCUUCACAUCUACUCGGACUACCCAAGAUCGUAAUAUGCAAGAAGGGCAUUUUCUGCUUUUCGCAGAAAACAAUUGGGACUUGUGUUGUAAGUAAAGUGGUUCGGAAUUGCCGAAAUAGUAUUAAUACUAGAACAGGAUUUUUCUGCAGGGUAUUUACAGUAAAAAUAUUCAGCAUUAUCCCCAAAUGUGAAUUACCUAAGCUUUUAUGUACUCAGGACUAAAUAAGAUUGGACACAAGUUUUUUUGUAUACACACAUGCACAUACAGUAGCACAUACAGUAGAAGCACAAGACACAUAGAAUGCAAUAUUGUAACUUCCCAUGUGCCAUGACGUAAGUACAGAAAAUAAACAAAGAAAAAGAAAAGGAACAAUAAACGAAAGUGAGUGGAAAUACCGGAGUAUAGAAAUCAUACACAUAUAGAAAUCUUCACAUGCUUACAUUUGCAUACAAAGGUUUGUUUAUUUUAUGCACUGACGUUACUCAGUUGUCGAAUUUGCCAAAAAUAAAGUAGCGGUUUUCAGAAGGCGUCACCUGCUGCAUUCUCUACAUCUGUAAGAUCCAUAAUCCAUAUAAAAACGCAAUGCGGAUUACAAAAACUACCUCUCUCGCUGCGUAUGACGUUACAGCGCGACAAAUUAAGCGUAAAUUGCAAUAAGUAAAGCAGUUGAAAAAUUUGAUUUUAAUUGCCUUGCAUACUUCGAAAAUGUCUGGCUUAAUUUUUAAUAAUGAAACAGAUAAAAAUUCAACUAGUGACCCAACCGAAUAACGACAACCUUUGACACAAACCUCGAAACACUUGUAUACUCAUAAGUUAAGAAAAUUUGUAUACGUUUCUUCUAUUUUGUGAUAAAUUUGAAAUUCUAACAAAAAUAUUUGUACUUUCAUAAAAUAUAAUUUUAUGUCUUACUAUGAGAUUAAGUUUUUAAAACCACUUUGCAUGUCGACACCAAAUAAAUAAGUAUAAAUAUAACAUACACAUACACAAAUGUACAUGCCUACAUAUAACUGUGUAUGGAAAGAAUAUAUGUAUUCUAAAAUUUCCCGUUUUAAUAAAAUAUAUCA